CUCCGCUCCACUUCAACGAGACACAUCUCCAUCAACCCACGGCGCUUCUCUAGAAUUCGGUUUCUGUUCCACCCCUUCCACUAGUUCUCUACGCCGCUUUCACCCUAGCCCCCCUGAUGACUUUAUCAUGGCUAAGCGCGCUGCUAAUGACUCUAUGUCUCUGCGAUGCCGCCACCUCAUCCCCAGCGUCUCAUUCACCUCGGGAGCCAGUGAACGGUGUUUCAAUGCCUUUACAGAGACGAGAUAGACCACGGACAGGCCCAAAAUCCAUCGAGUAUGCUAGAGAGGCAGGCAUUAGACUGAAUAUGAAGUAUGGGGGAUCACCGGUCGACAAGCGCUCAACAGGGAUCAAUAAACUCAUCAAUCAGGGUUCUGAUUCGUCGUAUGCUGGUUCAAUAGCAGUUGGUACACCAGCCAAAUCUUACGACGUGAUACUGGAUACAGGAAGCGCAGACCUUUGGCUCGCUUCUACACUCUGCAACUCGGCAUCCUGCACAUCUGUUCCCCGUUUCGACCCCACUAAUUCAUCUUCCAGUAAAAACCUUUCCCAACCAUUUUCGAUUGUCUAUGGGAGUGGCUCCGUGGCUGGUAGCUUGUACCAAGAUACCGUGCAGAUGGCUGGGUUUAGUGUUCCUAAACAAACAUUCGCCCUCGCCACAGCAAUAUCGAGUGGGAUCGUGAAUGCGCCUGUAUCGGGUAUCUUGGGUUUGGCCUAUAAGGGUCUUGCUUCAUCAGGAGCAACGCCAUUUUGGCAAGCGCUCGUCGAAGGUGGCGCGUGGGACCAACCGCUCAUGACGUUUACCCUAACUCGGUUUAACAACGCCUCGAAAAUAUCAGAACUCGAACCAGGCGGAGUCUUCACCAUGGGUUUCGUGAAUUCCUCGUUAUACACCGGUUCGAUCGAGUAUACCAAUCUAGUCGGUGGCGGGACGCCGGGCUUUUGGCUCAUUCCUAUGACCGGGAUCACCGUCCAGGGAACUCAGACGCUUUCUAGCACUGUGUCUGUUGCGAUCGAUACAGGCACCACUCUCAUUGGCGGACCAGCGGACGAAAUUGCGGCCAUAUAUGCGCAAAUACCGGGAAGCUCCCAGAGCACGGACCCAAAUCUUCAGGGGUUCUGGCAGUACCCUUGUACCACGAAGAUUUCGGUAUCGAUCCAAUUUGGUGGAGGGAAACAAUGGCCCAUUAGCCCAGCUGACUUUCAGUUCGUUCAAAAUCAGGGUGUCUGUUACGGUGCCUUCUUCGAGACGGCUAGCACGAACCCAUCAUGGAUCAUUGGGGACUCGUUUUUGAAGAACGUCAUGAGCGUGUAUAGGUAUAAUCCUUCUUCGGUAGGAUUUGCGACCUUGUCCUCGACGGCCCAGGCGCUGGCUAAUGGGCCGGUUCCGUCGCCUACCAUUGGAAGUAGUCCGGUUACUCCCUCGGGAGCUGGGACAUCCAGAGUUGGGAACUCGCCCUUAUCAUCUGUGGCGGCAGUGGUGGCCUUCACCGUCUUGACCUCUUUCGCUGGCUCCUUGUUUGUAUAGGCACGAGCGAUGGCAUACAACUCGAGAAGCCGUCUUGGGUGGCCAUUGUCGCAUUGGACACGCCUUUUGUCGUAACUUGCGCGGAUCUGUGACCCAUGUCAGAAAGAUCAUUUAGACCUGACAAACAUAUACCCUGCACCAAUUUCUUGGCCCCCCUUCCUCCUGUUCUUUUUGUCUCUCCUUCUGCCUUUUUUUUCCCUUUUCCCCAACCUUCUCAAGGUAUCACCAAUGGAAAUGGACCACAGUGUAAUUUUCAGUUUGAUCUUUUUUUUUCGGCUUAUUGGACUUAUUUAGCUUAGUUCCAAAGAGCAGCCUGUUAAUCACGAACAUGUACUAGCUAUUGACAAUAUGCAUGUUAAUCGAAUUCUGAAGUGUGAAUUAAA